CUUUGGGGGAAAUUCCGAACCACAACAACAUCUCUUGCUUCUAUCUCGUCUCCAUCAAUUCUAAUGUACCUUGCCGCCGUCGUUUAAAUUUUUUAUUGAAUCCCGGGAGACUAUAGAAAACCAAUCGAUUCAUCAUAUAUAUAUACCCCAAGAUGGCUAGCAUGCGAGCAGUCGCAACCCUGGCCAGGCCCGCCGCCGCCACUCUCCGCCCACAGACCCUCGCUGCCCUCAUACCAUCAUCAGCAUCAGCAUCGACAACGACCAGCAGUAGCGCCAUCAACACAUCCACAACUCCAUCCUCCCGGCUGCGCCGCUCAAUCCCCAGCCGCCGCCAGAUCUCGACGACAGCACCGCGGGCCUCUUCCCGCGCUCCCAAGCCCAAACACCCGGCAGGCUUCGUAGCGCCGGACCAGGCGGCGCUGGACGAGCUCCGCGCCUCGGUGCAGGAGUUCGUCCGGGCCGAGAUCCCCGAGGAGGUGGCAGCGCGCACCGACAAGGAGAACGAGUUCCCCGCCGACAUGUGGGGCAAGCUGGGUGACAUGGGUCUGCUGGGCGUGGCGGCCGAGGAGAGCGUCGGCGGGCUCGCCAUGGGCUACCAGGCGCACUGCAUCGUCAUGGAGGAGCUUUCCCGCGCGAGCGCCAGCAUCGCACUAAGCUACGCCGCGCACUCGCAGCUGUGCGUCAACCAGCUCCAGCUCAACGGCAACCCCGAGCAGAAGCAGCGCUUCAUGCCGGAUCUGAUUGCCGGCCGCAAGGUCGGCGCACUGGCCAUGAGCGAGAGCGGCUCCGGGUCAGACGUCGUCAGCAUGCGCACCCGCGCGACCCGCACGGCCGACGGGUCCGGCUGGCUGCUUAACGGCAGCAAGAUGUGGAUCACCAACGGGCCCGAUGCCGACGUGAUCAUCGUCUACGCCAAGAGCGACACCGAGUGCCAGCCAUCCAAGGGCAUCACGGCAUUCAUCGUCGAGCGCCAGCCGGGGCUGCAGUGCCUGCGCAAGUUGGACAAGAUGGGCAUGCGUGGCAGCAACACGGGUGAGCUUGUGCUUGAGAACGUCAUUGUGCCGGACGAGAACGUGCUCGGCGAAGUCAACGCAGGCGUCCGCGUCCUCAUGGAGGGUCUCGACCUCGAGCGUCUUGUCCUGAGUGCCGGUCCGCUCGGCAUCAUGCAGGCUGCCCUCGACGUCGCCCUUCCCUACGCCCACGCACGCCAGCAGUUUGGCCGCCCCAUCGCCGAGUUCCAGCUGGUCCAGGGCCGCCUUGCCGACAUGUACACCAAGCUGCAGGUAUCGAGGGCCUACACAUACGCCACCGCCAGGCGCAUCGACGAGUCGGGCGAGAUCAAAACCGCUGAUUGUGCGGGAGCCAUUCUAUACGCUGCUGAGCGCGCCACCGAGGUAGCCCUCGAUUGCAUUCAGGUCUUGGGUGGGAUGGGGUACACAGAGGAUAUGCCUGCCAGCCGGCUGUUGAGAGAUGCGAAGCUGUACGAGAUUGGCGCAGGCACCAGCGAAGUAAGGAGGAUGGUGAUCGGUCGUUACUUCAACAGGGAGUACUCGCUCAACCAAUGAGGGGGAGGUGAUUGUCAUGCACUGCUGUCCGGAGUAACCGGUGGACGCGCAAGGUUGCAAAAAUUCAGUGCUUCAAGCUCAGAAUGUAAGUAUACUUGGGAAGGUGUCAAAAGAACGAACCUGGGUAAAUCGGCCCAUUUCUCUCACAUAUAUAACAAGGACCGACCGGUGUGUUUUUGCGUAGCAAUAAUGUGAUAGAAAUAAGGUGUGGGCGGAACUCUCCAAUUAUGGGAAGCACUUCCCCGGAUCUCAGCUUCCGAACUGACGUACUCAACUUGUAUAGAAGAAUUAAGAGUACUUCUAUUAUGGUCUUCAGGUUGUCCAACCAAUGUUUUUCAAGAGUCUGCUUUUCAUCCAUGUAUUUCUGGUACGCUCCACUGAUUGCCGCCACCCACCAAGUGA